AUGGCAGUUUUUAAUCUUCUCAGUGAGCUCCACACAAAGAAAUCCGAUUUUCGUAUCUGCGCUAAGGUUGUUCGGAGAUGGAAGAAUGAAACAGAAUGGUUUGGACAUUUUCUAGAGAUCAUUCUCCGUGAUGAGAUGGGUACAAUGAUCCAAGCCUCUGUUCCGAAUGGACUAGCUGAAAGAUUGAACGUUGAAAUCAAAGAAGGUGACAGUUAUGUCAUUGAAAAGUUUAACGUGUCACCUGCAGAGAAAAAUCUACCGCUAUUUGAUCAGAAGUAUCACAUCUUCUUCUCGACUCAAACUGUCAUGAGAAGAGUGUCUGAUGUGACAAAUGAUCCAUUCUACAAUUUCUGGAGUUUCGCAGAUGUGCUCGAUGAUGAACUCAUCAAAAAUUACCCAUUAGGUAUGCAUAACUCUUUGAUUUAA